GUUGCAAGUCGUGCUCCAUGAAUUACGUUUUCUGUUUGUCCUAUGGGCUGCCCUUUUUCUGAGUUUUUGUUCUUCAAUGCACACACAGAAGAGGAGUCCCCUCCCCCCUCUCUCUCUCUCCCUUUAAAAGCCUCUCUGCUUUAGUCAAAAAGCUGCUUUUGUUCUACCCUUGAUGACAUGAUUCUCUCUCUUCUCUCCUUAAUGUGUUGCAGACCUUGUACAGCUUAAUGGGCAAAUAUAGGGUUUGCCAUCUCUUAUGAAGACCCAGAAAAUGUUGGAAGUUUACUGGUUGUUGGGGGCUUCAAAAGAGUAAUGCUCGUUGACAAUGCGCUUGUUGUGGUGGCAACAGCUGCCGCUGCUCAUACUGAUCCAGCUUUUAGAACCUACUCAAUCAAGCCACAAACUGUGUGCUGAAGCUUUACUUGCUUUCAAGAGUGCGGUUGUUGGUCCUCCACAAUUCAGCAGCAGUGUAGGGAGAUACCCAUGCCUGAGACAAUGGAGACGUGCUAACUGUAACAGACUGAAGAACCUUUGUGUUGUUUCUCUGCAUUCCAGAAUACAUCCACCUUCUCAGAAUUUCAGAAAAAUCAAAUUUUCACCUUUAACUUCCAAUUUGUCUCCCAUGCGCACAUCACUAAGAUCACAAGCAAAGCUUUUUAAACAAAGAAAUCUGAGAACAGUGCCAACAACUCACAGGAAUAAUGAUGUUCCCACCCUUACCCCUUGGCAAGCAGCUCAAGUCAAGAAACCAAGAAAAAAGAAAGUGACUGCCAUAGUUGGUGCUGCUGUUGCAGCGUUGCUGGUGGUUAUCACUGUAGUACUUGUAUAUAUAUGUUUGAUCCGUUUUAGAAGAAUCACAAGGCAAACUUCUGAGACUGCAUCUUCUCUGCCAUCUCCUCCUGUUGAGUGUGAAAGAGGGAACAUUGCCCACCAUUUUGUUGCUUUCUCUCCAUAUAGUACACACAACAUGAGGCAGUUAACAAUUUCAGAGCUGGAGCAAGCUACUUGCAAUUUCAGUCCAAGUAAUAUUAUUGGUGAAGGUGGAUUUGGCUUAGUUUAUAAAGGACUGCUUCAAGAUGGAUCCAUUGUGGCUGUCAAGAGACGUCUGCUUUUCCCAAAUCCAUAUUUGGUUCAUGAGAUCAAGCGCAUGGCUUGUGUGCAUCACAGGCACAUUGUCAAGCUUGUUGGUUAUUGUGAAGAAAGCCAUCAACAGUUACUUGUCUAUGACUAUCACUCUAAUGGAAAUGUUGGGAAUCACCUUUAUGAUGGUGACGGUUUACCUGUUGGAAAGUUAGAAAUGCGGCAAAGGUUACUAAUUGCUUUGGGUGCAGCUAAAGGUAGUUGCACUCUUUUAUACUUAAUUUCAUUGCUUUUUCUUACUUAUUUGUCAAACUUACAAUUUGGAAUAGGACUUGAGCAUCUUCACAGUUUGGUACCUCCGCUUCUACACAUGCACUUCAGAACAAGCAACGUUCUGCUUGAUGAAAAUUUUACUGCCAAGGUUUCUGAUUUUGGGCUUUCAAAAUUUCUGGUUGAGGGUAAUCAUGCCGGAUCAUCUUCAACCUUUGACUACUAUCUUGCCCCAGAGUUAAAAUUUUCAAAGGACUUCUCAGAGAGGGGUGAUGUGUACAGCUUUGGAGUUUUCUUGCUAGAGGUGAUUAGCGGGCGUGAAGCAUUUGGCAGGAAUCAGUCAGAUUCGCUGUUAAAACAAGCCUUGCAGGCUCGGAAGAUCCCUGGUCUUGACAUUUUUGUUGACAAGACAUUAGGAGGUCAGGCAAUGGAUGCUGCUGGGCAGGUGUUGGAGUUGGCCUUGAUGUGUACAGACACCAGUGCAAGAAGACCUGCAAUGAAGAGUGUGGUUGAGGAGCUAGAACGAAUUUGCGAGAGAGAAAUGGGGAAUCCACAUUCUGAGCUUGGUGAGGAGAUUGGUGCUGUUACUCUUGGGAGUGAGCUCUUCAAAUGAAAAACUCCCCCUGUUUCAUAUCCACGUAAGCAUUCUUUUAUUGGAUUAAUUGGUUGUAAUUAUGACAAUCAUUUUAUCAUUAAGAAAGAUCAAAUUAUAAAGUUCCAUGAUUGAAUGAAA